GACGGACUUUGCCGUAGCCGAGUGAGACGCCCGUGCCGUAUCUGCAGACCACAUCCGUGCGAGACGGACCUUGGCGUGGCUGAGUGUGGCGCCUGUGCCGUGUCUGACAGACAGAUCAGCAAAGACGGAGGGACGUUGGCGUGGAUGAGUGUGGCGCCUGUGCCGUCUCUGCAGACCACACCUGUGCGAGACACGACACAAAAGGAUCUCGAAGCAGCCCUGACAUUCAUUCGCAGUUUCCCAGACUGCAGCAGUUGGAACAUCUUGCUCCUCGAUCAGGAGCGGAAAAAUGCCCUGGUGCACAGACCGCAGCUGAGCACGCAAGCACUCCUCGCAGAGUUAUCGGUAUGGAUGAAGCUGCCGUGUCACUUCUUCAUUCGCCCAAAUCUCAAUUCAGUAGUCAUGAUCGACCUGGACAACUUCACUGGCUCCCUCUCCAAACUUCUGCAGUUGCAUCCGCGCGCAUUGGUGCAGACUAGCAGACAGAGCUAUCAGCUUUGGCUGACUUUGGACCAAAGGCACCAAGCCAGAGACGCACAGAUUGUGACGCAGGAGCUCACCAAGGCUUUGGGGGGCGAUCCAUGCUCAGCCCGCAUCACCCAGGUCGGGCGCUUGCCCGGCAGCAUCAAUCGCAAGCCGGAGAAGCAGUGUCACACCCAUUUAUUGUAUUCUGGCUUGGCGAACUUGGACGAAGCUCAGUACCUGCAGCUCACAAGCAACCCUCAGAUGCGCUUGCAGCAUCAUAACGAGCCCCGCCCGAACCCGAAGUCGCCCACCUACGAUAUCCCUCAUCAGAAAAAGAACACGCAGAUGCAGCAAACGAAGAAGAAGCAGAAGCAGAAGAAGAAGAAGAAGAAGACGAAGAAGAAGCAGAAGAAGAAGCAGAAGCAGAAGCAGAAGAAGAAGAAGAAGAAGAAGAAGAAGAAAAAAAAGCAGAAGAAGACGAGGAGGACAACAAAGACAAAGACGUCACCAGCGAACAGACAUGCGGAGGAGGAGGAUAAAGAGGCGGCCGGGGUACUUACUGUGCAGCAUGGAAGUGUUCAAACCGACUCGGCACCGCCCAAACGGGACAUCAGCCGCGACGACUGGAGAGAGGCUUGCCACUUUUUCGAGUCGAAUCCGCAAGCAACUUUAGAGGAUGCCAUCCAGCACUGUCCUUUGCUGGCCAAACGAGGUAACCAGGACUACUACGCCCGACUGACACUGAACAAGGCCAUGAACCACGUUCGUGCUAAAGGAGCUUCAGCUUCGGCAGGGUCACGCCAGCCUUCCGCUUCAGUGGAACCGCCCAGUGGGGCCCAAGCCUCGGGCAUGGCGCCUGCGGCUCCGCAGUACGUCACACUGUCUCAAGUGCAACAAAUAGUUCAGGAUGCUCUGCAGCGACAAUCCGCUAGCAGUUCCCAUAGCACCAAGACCUGUCACCAAUGCAAGGCGAACAAGAACAGAGACCUGUUUUCUCACACGCAGUGGCUGCAGAAGGAUGGCGUGUGUCUAGCAUGCCGACCUGUUGAGGAAAGAUUCCGACGCAGAGCUUUAUCUGGCAAAGUUUGCGCUGCCUGUGAGAUAGAGAAGCCUCGAGAUCAAUAUUCCAACACGCAGUGGGAGAAAGGAACGGCUUCCAAGUGCAUUGCUUGUUGCUCGACACCGCAGGCAAACAACGCCAAAGUAUGGGUCAGAAGUUGCGUCCAAUGCUCGCAGCCGCUUCCCAAAGAGAGCUUCUCGAAGACACAAUGGGGUUCUAGCCGUCCCAAGUGCGAAAAGUGCUGCACAAAGAACCUCAAUCAACGCAAACAGGACUUUGCCGAUGCAAGUGCCGCUGGGCAGCAGCAGCCGGAAUCCUUUUUGUGGCCAGCUGGAACUACUGCAGAGGUGGCAGCACGCUGGAUCUUAGAAGCUCCCAUGACUGACUUGCCAAGUGAGAGCUUGAAGACAAAGCAAGCUCUUUUAGCCAAGCAAGGCAACCCAAAGUGGAGCUCCGUAGCCAUGGGCAGGCAGCAGUUCACAGUGGAUGCAAAGAAGAAGUUGUCUUUUUUGGAGGCAGCCCACAGAGAUCUCGAGCAUCAAGGCGCCAGAGAUGGAAUCGUGAGUGCUCUUCAAUCCUCUGGAGUGGCGUGGCCCAACUGCAAGCUCGAUGCGCAAUUUUUUGUCGAGAGUUUGCAGACAAAACACUUGCAGGGACCUCCAGCAGCCAAGACCGCGGCACUUGCCAGCAUGGAGCUGGGAUUUGAACUUCAAAGGAACAUUAUUUCUGCAGCCAUCGAGGCCACCCUUGGGGUCCGUGCUCGGACAAUACCCCCUGGGCGGCCGCAAUCAAACGGCCUCGUUGAAUGCAGAAACAAAAUCUUCGACGCAAGCUGCGGUGGACAGCGAGCACGUCUUGCUGCUGCGACAAUCGCAUACAACCAGAAGAACACGGCCGUUGGCUUGCCUCCAGAGACGAUCUGGCGACUACUGAGGCCUCAAGAAUCUCGUUGGCGCAACAUGCACCUGAAGAAUGCAAUGGAAGAACCUUCAGCUCUCACCGAGGAGGAAUGGGUUGCUUACUUGGAUGCCAAGCAGUAUGACAAGGAGUCUCUGGAAGAGAAAGCCAAGUCCUUGCAUCAGCUCAUCCAACCCCUACGCAAUUCUAUUUCUUCAAAGAAGUUACGACAGCGGAUGAAAAGCCAACUGAAAUGGAUCCGCAAGAGACCCAACAAGACCGCAAUGCCACUGGUGGCUGGCGACAUGGUGCUCAGCAGGAACACUCAAUAUGUGGCAAAAAGCGGACCACGGAAGUUCGAGACGACUCAAGAGGGUGUGGAGACCUUCGAAGUGCUCCAGUGCCGCCAAGGCUUUGCAGAAGUCAAAAAUCUCCGCACUGGACAAGUCUCUUGGAAACACGAAGCCAAUUUGAAACUUUGGCCGAGAUCUAUGCCUCCAGAUGAUGCCUACUUCCCAACGCCUCUGAAGGGCCCUGGUGCACCUUGCAAGCGACCUGCUCCAGCAUUUGAGGUCAUUGCAGCUGAAGGUGACGGAGCUUGCCUCUUUCGUUGCUUCAGCAUGGCCCUUCAAGCGAGAGCCGGUGUCCCCGCAAAGGCCAUUGUGGAUAGCACCGAGAGUGCGAUGAAGUUGCGAGAAGAGAUUCUUCGCCACAUGGAGCUGUCGCUACAACGAAUGGACGGCGAUAGCAUGGCACUCUUGCAGGAGCAGAUUCGCUUGGAGAUGUGGGACGAUCCAGGUUGGAUGGAAGGACCAGGAAAGGCUGCCUGGAACUGGAAGAACUAUUUCCAGUACAUGCGCCAUCCGAGGGCAUACGGGACAGCAGCUCACAUUGGUGCGUUCAGCGAGACCAAGGGGAUCGCAGUUGUCAUCUACGAAAAUGGCCACAAGAUAUGGACAACGAAUGACAGCAACAACCCAAUCGUGCUGCAGAAGACCGGCCUGCACUAUAACCUGCUGCUUCUGCGCCGCUUGAGACGCAAAAC